AUGGCCGGCCGCCCUGAAAGAUGGAGACUCCGUCUCCGGCCCAAGCCGUUCCUCCCUGGGCCUGUGUCCCUAGCUGUCAGGAAGAGGUCGACUGGUCAGAUGCUAGUAGCGGUGACGACAGAAAUAGCUGACACGUUUGAGACCUGUGACAUCUUAUUUGACUCUCGCCUCGUCUCGAUGAGGAGGAAGGCGCUGCUGCUCGAGCUCAAGGGGCUGCAGGAGGAGCCGGUGGAGGGCUUCCGGGUGACCCUGGUGGACGAGGGCGACCUGUACAACUGGGAGGUGGCCAUCUUCGGGCCCCCCAACACCUACUACGAGGGCGGCUACUUCAAGGCACGCCUCAAGUUCCCCAUCGACUACCCCUACUCCCCGCCGGCUUUUCGUUUCCUGACCAAGAUGUGGCACCCCAACAUCUACGAGACGGGGGACGUGUGCAUCUCCAUUCUCCACCCGCCGGUAGACGACCCCCAGAGCGGGGAGCUGCCCUCGGAACGGUGGAACCCCACCCAGAACGUCAGGACCAUCCUCCUGAGCGUCAUCUCCCUCCUCAACGAGCCCAACACCUUCUCCCCGGCCAACGUGGACGCCUCCGUGAUGUACAGGAAGUGGAAAGAGAGCAAAGGGAAGGACCGGGAGUACACGGACAUCAUCCGGAAGCAGGUCCUGGGGACCAAGGUGGAUGCGGAGCGGGACGGCGUGAAGGUGCCCACCACGCUGGCCGAGUACUGCGUGAAGACCAAGGCCCCGGCCCCCGACGAGGGCUCGGACCUCUUCUACGACGACUACUACGAGGACGGCGAGGCCGAGGCCGAGGCCGACAGCUGCUUCGGGGACGACGAGGACGACUCUGGCACCGAGGAGUCCUGACACCGCGUCCCCGCCAAAUAAACGCACAGAUUUUACCUCGCCGCUGUGUGGGCUCUGGGCACGGGGAGGCGGCCGCAGCCUGCGCCGGCUCCGGGGUCUGGCUUCCCCCCUCCCGCGUCUGCUCUGGGUUGUCCUCUGCCCCCGAGCAGGGGCGCCACCUGUACUGGGCGCCCAGCACGUGCGCCUGGGGCCGCGGUGGCCUAAGGACCCGGACCGGCCCCGUGUGCAGCCCCGCUAGCUGGAGCCAGAGACCCGGGGUCCCCCGGCUCGCGAGACGACGGACUCCCUUGGCGGCCGCCCCUUCUCUCUGCUUUGGUUUGUUUGGAAUCUAAAUAAAACGACUUUGCGAGAAGCCAGAGAGGCAGCCUGUCUUUGGCCUCCCCAGAGGACCUCGGGGGCCGGGCGGCGGGGCCGGGCCAGGCCUGGCCGCCAGGGGUGCUCUGCCGAGGCUGAGGCGUGCCCCACGGCCCCCAGUCCCCAGCCCUCCUGCGGGUGCCGCCCCCGGCGUGUCCCUGGUGUCACUCGGGCCUCUGGCUUCAUUUCUGCAGGCCGGAUUCGGGGCCGGAUGGCGUCACCGGGACGAAGGCCUCGGUGACCCCGGCCUGACCUGUCGCUGCGGCUGGAGCCCGGAUGCCCCUGCGCAGGUGGGGGACAGGCGCACCCGGGGCCCCGUCCCACCCACGUGGCCUGUGCGCCUGGGCUCGCGCCGCUCGGGGCGCCUGCCGGCCGGCUUCCCCAAGGGGGCCUCACGGUUUUGUUUGUUUUCUAACAUGAAUGAUUUUCCUACAUUAAAACGUGGACGGUUUCA